UGUUCCGUAAAGUGGAUGUCAGGUGGAUCUAUGUUCUGCGAGGAACAAAGAGGCAGCGAAGGCAGCGCGGGGGAAGUUUGAGCGGCGAGGAUGCAGGCUGUGUACUGGUGCGCGGUCCUCCUGCUGCAGCCCACCCUCUACUUGGUUACCUGUGCAAAUUUAACAAAUGGAGGUAAAUCAGAACUUCUUAAAUCAGGAAGCUCCAAAUCCACACUAAAGCACAUAUGGACAGAAAGUAGCAAAGACUUGUCCAUCAGCCGACUGCUGUCACAGACUUUUCGUGGAAAGGAGAACGAUACAGAUUUGGACCUGCGAUAUGAUGCCCCAGAAACUUAUACUGAGCAAGAUCUCUGGGACUGGCUGAGGAACUCCACGGACCUACAAGAGCCACGGCCCAGGGCAAAGAGACGACCUAUUGUCAAGACUGGGAAAUUUAAGAAAAUGUUUGGCUGGGGCGAUUUUCAUUCCAACAUCAAGACUGUGAAGCUAAAUCUGUUAAUAACAGGGAAAAUCGUUGACCAUGGCAAUGGGACGUUUAGCGUUUACUUCAGGCAUAACUCCACUGGUCAAGGGAAUGUAUCUGUGAGCCUAGUGCCCCCUACAAAAAUAGUGGAAUUUGACUUGGCACAACAGACAGUGAUUGAUGCCAAAGAUUCCAAGUCCUUUAACUGUCGAAUUGAGUAUGAAAAGGUUGACAAGGCUACCAAGAACACACUCUGCAACUAUGACCCUUCAAAAACCUGUUAUCAGGAGCAGACCCAGAGCCACGUGUCAUGGCUCUGCUCCAAGCCCUUUAAAGUAAUCUGUAUUUACAUUUCCUUUUAUAGUACAGAUUAUAAACUAGUACAGAAGGUGUGUCCUGAUUACAACUACCACAGUGACACACCCUACUUCCCCUCAGGGUGAGGAUAAACAUAUGUCUGAGACUGAAGCCUGGGGAAUAAAAGAGUUCGUAUGACAGGGCUGUAACCUCAAGGAGGAAAGCCACAUCUAUUGCCUGGAAUGUGUCUACAAACUGCUGAUGAUGUCAUAUGGCUGCAAAUAUGUUAGUGGAAAACAAUCUAAUGUAAUUUUUGCCCAGUCAGCACCAUGUAUCAAUCUAGUUGUAAAUCACUAUGGAUUUGAAAUAAAACCAUAAACACAGAGACACACACUCUUCAGCUCAUAUCUAUUGAGAUUCCUGUUAAGAGAGAUUUUCAUUGUCUGAUAACUAAAGUUUGGGGAUAAACUAGCAUCA